GAGAGCGCGGCCGCGGACCCCGGGCAGCGGAAGGCCCUUUCGCAGAGAUGUAUGCAGCUGAAGAAACUGCUGGAUGAGAAUACAACUGCUCUUCAUGAUCUGAAAAAAGCUGAUGAGCCUGCACCUGUGGGGAAUUAUAAUCAGAGGAAAGAAGAAGAAGAAAAGCUAUUGCUAAAACUUUCUCAGCAGCUGCAGAAACUUGUUCUUGUAUUGGAUCAGGAUAACGUGACGACGAAUUAUGCAGCGGAUGAGGAACAUCAGAAAGAUCCUCAAACAGAAGAUGAAAAUGGAGAAGAGGAUGAGAGUGAAGAUGAAGAAAGUAGUGAGGAAGAAGACAGUGAAGAAGCAGAUGAUGAUGAGGAGGAUAAAUUGUUGGAUGAUCCAAAUGUUAAAGAAUGUAUUGCAGUUGGAAACUUCAAUGCACAGCAGGAAGGCGAUCUCACAUUUACGAAAGGUGAAGUCCUACUUAUACAUGAAAAGAAGGCGGAUGGCUGGUGGGUAGCCGAAAACUCAAAAGGGGAGAGAGGCCUCGUUCCUAGAACCUAUCUUGUGGUCCAUAAUGAAGAUAAAGAGAACCAAGAGCGAAGCGGAGAACACAUAGAAGUGGUGGAUGAAACAGCAGAUGGAACUGAAAUUAAAAAAAGAACAGAUUCUCACUGGAGUGCCGUAAGAAGAGCUAUCACAGAGAAUGACACAGUAGAGGUAUUGGCAACCAUAGGAGCAGUUCCUGCAGGAUUCCGCCUAUCCACACUUUUCCAGCUCUUAGAAGAAGGCAAUCAGUUUCGAGCAAGUUACUUUUUGCAGCCUGAACUUACUGCAUCACAGCUGGCUUUCAAAGACUUGGUGUGGGACCCUGAAAAAAACACUAUCUGUCCUAGACCAACUCGAGUAUCCCUGAUUGUAACUUUAUGUAGCUGUAAAAUGAUUCCUCUCCCAGGAGUCAGUAUACAGGUUCUCAGUAGACAUGUUCGAAUCUGUCUGUUCGAUGGCAAUCGGGUGCUGAGUAACAUUCACACAGUGAGAGCUACGUGGCAACCUAAAAAUCCUCAAACAUGGACCUUUUCUCCAAGGGUAACGGGCAUUUUACCCAGCUUGCUGGAUGGUGACUGUUUUGUCAGGUCCAACUCUCUGUAUUCAGACAUUGGUAUAUUAUUUGAACUUGGCAUCACUUAUAUUCGCAAUUCAACUGGUGAAAGAGGAGAGCUAAGCUGUGGCUGGGCAUUUCUGAAGCUUUUUACUUCUGAUGGAAUGCCUGUUCCUUCCAAGAUGUAUGAGCUGCUAUUAAAUGGUGGUACUCCCUACGAGAGAGGAGUUGAGGUUGACCCAUCAAUAUCAAGAAGAGGUAGUGGUGUUUUUCAUCAGUUUAUAACACUCAAGAAACAGCCUGUGCUUGUAGUGAAACUGAGGUCUUUAAGCGCGCAGUCAAAAGACAUCCUGAAUUUGCUACCAGAAACGUUAAUUGGCAGUAUGUGCUACAUCCAUCUCUUGAUAUUUUAUCGACAAAUACUUGGUGAUGCACUCCUCAAAGACAGAAUAAGCAUGCAAAGCACAGAUUUAAUCUGUAAUCCUAUUUUAGCAACUUUCCCUCAACUGAUGGAUCAGCCAGACCUGAUGGAUGCACUUCGCAGCGCUUGGGCAGAUAGAGAAAGAACGUUGAAGAGAUCUGAGAAGAGAGAUCGAGAAUUUCUGAAGUCUCUGUUUAUCCUGGUGUACCAUGAUUCUGUCUUCCCUCUCCUUCAGUCCACUUUCCUCCCCGACUACAAGUGGGCUGAUGAAGAGUCUGAAGCAUCUCGCUGGAAGGUGAUUGCUGACUUUUUGAAAAAGAGCCGAGAGAAUGAUGGUGCGCUUCAGUAUCUGCUGUCGUCAGAAAACACUCACAAAGCCUUUGAUAUCUCAGAGCUGGCUUACGAUUUCUUAGGAGAGGCGAGGGAAAACAAUCCUGGAGUGUGA